ACCCGACGCCAAGGAAACCGGAUGACGUGUUACGUCAGUUCCGGUUGCGAAGGUGUAAAGAUGUCGCCGUCGUUAUUUAAUUUUGUCGACGCUAGAGACAAAUUUACGGCGUCUGCCAGACACUCGCUGGUCGGUAAAAGCAGCAAGCCGCUGGUGAGCGUGUUCAACCAGUUCCCUGGGAACGAGGUGGAGAAGAAGACCACCCUGGACCAGGCGCUGAGGGGUGUUCUCGGGGACCAGAUUGUGGAGCGGAAGGCGACCUGUGAUGAGUACCUGUCUCUCAUCUACCUGAGUAUUGAUGCCGUGACAGAAGGCAUCUGUUCUCCUACAACUCCUUUCCUCCUGCUGGGAGACGUCCUGGACUGUCUUCCCCUCGACCAAUGCGACAAAAUAUUCUCCUUUGUCGAGGAGAAUGUUUCUACCUGGAAAUCGAACUCUUUCUACACUGCCGGGAAGAACUACCUGUUGAGGAUGUGCAAUGAUCUUCUGAGGAGGCUGUCCAAAUCCCAGAAUACGGUGUUCUGUGGGCGAAUCCAGCUCUUCCUGGCACGCCUCUUCCCUCUGUCGGAAAAAUCAGGGCUCAAUCUGCAGAGCCAAUUUAAUCUGGAAAAUGUAACCGUGUUCAACAAGAAUGAACAAGAAAGCACUUUCGGCCAGAAGCACACAGAAGAAAAGGAAGAUGGCAUGGAGGUGGAGGAAGGGGAGAUGGGAGAGGAGGAUGCUCCUGCACCGUGUUCCAUUCCGAUCGACUACAACUUGUACAGAAAGUUCUGGACUCUGCAGGACUACUUCAGGAACCCCGUGCAGUGUUACGAUAAAUUCUCCUGGAUGACAUUUCUUAAGUUCUCCGAGGAGACAUUGGCCGUGUUCAAGAGCUAUAAAUUGGACGACAUGCAGGUCUCUAAGAGGAAGCUGGAGGAGCUGAGAGCGUCGGGAGGAGAGCACGUCUACUUUGCCAAGUUUCUGACCAGCGAAAAGCUGAUGGACCUGCAGCUCAGCGACAGCAACUUCCGGCGUCACAUUCUUCUGCAGUACCUCAUCCUCUUCCAGUACCUGAAGGGUCAGGUCAAGUUCAAGAGCUCCGGCUGCGUUCUGAACGACGACCAGACGACGUGGAUCGAAGAGACGACCAAACUGGUUUUUCAGCUGCUGAAGGAGAUCCCUCCUGAUGGAGACAAGUUUGCCACCAUGGUUGAACACAUCCUCAACACGGAGGAGAACUGGAACGACUGGAAGAACGAGGGAUGCUCGAGCUUCGUGAAAGAACGGACGGUAGAUGACAAACCCAAGAGACCCACCAGGAAGAGACAAGCCCCAGAAGACUUCCUUGGAAAAGGGCCGGACAGCAAGAUCUUCAUGGGAAACGACGAGUUGACUCGACUGUGGAACCUGAACCACGACAACAUGGAGGCCUGCAAGUCCGACAGCAGGGAGUUCAUGCCGUCGCUGGACGAGUUCUUCGCGGAGGCCAUCGAACAGGCCGACCCCACGAACAUGGUGGAGGAAGAGUACAAGGCCGUGAGGAACCCGAACUACGGCUGGCGCGCCCUGAGGCUGCUGUCCAGGAGGAGUCCGCACUUCUUCCAACCGACCAACCAGAAGUUCAAGAGCCUGGCGGACUACCUCGACAGCAUGGUCAGCAAACUGGCCAAAGAACUGCCGAAGGAUAUUCCCUCUGAGGAGAUCAAGACGGGCGAAGAGGACGACGACGAUAACGGAGACAAUCUUCUCAAAGACAGCAACGACAGUCCCGGCAUUCAGAGCAAGACGGUGAGCAACCAGCAGAUGGACGACAUCGCGGCGAAGCUGGGCGCUCAGUGGAAGACGCUCGCGUCUCAUUUGGAGAUGAAGGCGGCGGAGCUGCGAGAGAUCGAAACGGACAGCGAGGACAUCGACAUGCAGGCCAAGCUGCUGCUCGUCGCCUGGCAGGACCGAGAGGGGUCGCAGGCUACCGUGGAGAGCCUGGUCGCGGCGCUCGGCGCGGCCGGGUUCUCCGAGAUCGCCGACAACCUCAGCGACGCCUAAAGCAGAUCGUUUAUUCUCCAUUGUUGCAGCAUUUUUUUCAUACCAGAAACUUAACAUUUUUGUAUGUAGCGUAGGUUGAAAUCCAAUAAAUGUUUUCUCUUUUA